GACUGUGGACGCCAUGAGUUCGGCGCUGGAGAAGCCGCAGAUCAUCGCCCACAUCCAGAAAUCGCUCAACUACACCGUGUUCGAUUGCAAAUGGAUCCCCUGCAGCGCCAAGUUCGUCUGUAUGGGCAACUUUCCCCGUGGCACCGGCGUGCUGCAGGUCUACGAGGUGUCGCACGGGGAGCUGGUGCUGGUCAAGGAGAUAGAAAAAUCAAAACCUUUUAAAUGCGGUACCUUUGGAGCCACCUCGUUACAACAGAGGUACCUGUCAACUGGGGACUUUGAUGGAAACCUGCACAUGUGGAAUCUGGAGGCUCCGGAAAUGCCUGUCUAUUCUGUAAAAGCACACAAGGAGAUCAUAAACAGCAUUGAUGGUGUAGGAGGCCUGGGAGUUGGGGAAGGAGCUCCAGAGUUGGUUACUGGCAGCAGAGAUGGAAUGGUGAAAGUCUGGGACCCAAGGCAAAAAGACACUCCUGUGGCAAACAUGCAGCCUGCAGAUGGAGAUACCAGGAGGGAUUGCUGGACCGUGGCAUUUGGUCAUGCCUACAGCUCCCAGGAGCGCUGUGUGUGCGCUGGAUAUGACAAUGGUGAUAUCAAGCUAUUUGAUCUAAGAACUAUGUCACUCCGUUGGGAAAAGAACAUCAGGAAUGGGGUCUGUUGUGUUGAGUUUGAUAGAAAAGACAUCAACAUGAAUAAGCUGGUGGCUACUUCCUUGGAGGGGAAGUUUCAUGUGUUUGACAUGAGGACCCAGCACCCAACCAAAGACUUUGCUUCAGUCAGCGAGAAGGCAUAUAAAUCUACCGUCUGGCAGGUCCGCCAUUUGCCACAAAACAGAGACGUUUUCAUGACAACAGGAGGUGCUGGUAAUCUGCACCUUUGGAAAUAUGAGUACCCUGCCCAGCGUUCGAAAAAGGACUCUGAGAACAUGGAUAUGGGAGUUGCAGGCACAGUCACACUGCUCCAGAAUGUGACUGUGUCCACCCAGCCGAUAGGAAGCCUUGACUGGAGCCCAGAUAAGCAGGGCCUCUGUGUCUGCACCGCAUUUGACCAAACAGUGCGAGUUCUGAUUGCCACAAAACUGAAUCGAGUUUAACAAAUGGAACAAGGACGUGCUGUGCUGACUAUUCUCUUGCUUUUUGAUGAGAGUGAUUUUGGAGCCCGGUACCACCAGCUGAAGAAGCCUUUGUUCGGGUGGAUUAUGUCCAAUUGCUCAUCUUGAGAGAACAUUUUUCUUCUGAUGGUGCUCCACCUGGUGGUUUGAAUGAGGAUUGCUCAGCUGAAGUGUCAGUCUGAUGGCCGUGUUCUAGUAGUGCAAUGUUUGCGCUCAGUGACCCCUGCAGACUUGUAUUUAAAGUGUUUAAAAUGUUUGGUUUAUUGGGACAAUUCCAACUUUAUAUUCAGCUCAUGGUUACAAAAUUUCCAAUUGAAAUAGGGUGUGAAGAAUUUGCACUUUUUCUUGUAAAUUUAUACGUAAGGUGUUAAAUGUAUUCACAUUCUAGGGGUGUCCAGCUUGGUUGUUUGUAGAAUCCAUGAUUGAACUGUAUCUGAUUAUGCACACGUAUAAGCUUCCAUGUAAGAAUGGGAGUGCCAUACAUAUAUACACAUGUGCGCACACACGCAUGUGCAUGCAUGUGAGCUGCUCCCUUCCCAUCACAUUUCCAACGCCUACUUUCCCCUUUUCUUGAAACUCUCAAAACAGAAAAUCCCACCUCUUUUAACCAUUUGGUCUGAAGAAUGGUUACAGGCUAAUUCCUGUUUGUUACAAAACCUUUACUUCCUGAUCGGUGAGACAUUCACUGUGACAAGAACAGCGUUUUCUUUCUCCAUAUGUAAAAUAAUCUGUGUGCAAGCAAUUUCCUUUUUUUUUCUUCACUGUUUCAGGACAGGGACCUGGCAUCUAAAUUCUGCAGCUGUCUUUACUUGGGGAAGUAAAUUGUUCUUGGGUUAUUAUGAUCUCCCAUAGGCAGAGAUUGGUUUAAACCUUUUAUUUUUAGCCGCAUUUGUAAAUAAAGUGGAUCCAAAAAUAUUUCUGGCAUUUUGUUUUAAAGUUGAGUUUACUAUUUGCUUAACAUAUUUUGCACAUUAGUGUGUACAUUUGCAUGAGAAAGUGUUACUGAUAA